AUGGCACCAAAAAAGACAAAGGAGGAAUCACUGAAUCAACUGAAUAAGUACGUUUUGCUUCAUGACAACAAAACAUCUCGUUGCCAUGUUGUCACACGUGAUCAAUUAUCAUUUACGAAGAAGGAUAAUUUAAAAACUGAUACAUCUGCUUUAUUUAAUGCAGCAGGUGAUCCAUCCUAUCGUUUUAAAGGCAUUGUUCUUUCUUCAGACACGACGCAACAAUGUGAAAAAACAAAUAAAAAUAAAAAUAAUAAAGAACCUGAUGAAAAUGCAUCAGAUUCAUCGAAUGAAUUAAUUAUUGAUGAAAGUGAAGGAAAAGGUACAGAUGAUAAUAAUGAUGAAGAAUCAGAAGAUGAAAAUGAAGAUCUAACGUGCGCGACAAUAUCUCAACAACGUGUCCUGCAGCAAAUCAAUUGUAAUGUUGAUGUGACUCAUAAACGAAAAAAACCAUCUGGUGAAACACAUAAUGUUACUAACAAAACAAAACGUUCAACUGGAGUUUCUCAUUCUGAUUACGAGAAGCUGAAGCGUGAAAACAAACGAUUAGCUAAGGAAAUCGAUAUGUAUAAAAAUAAUUGGAUGCGUAAAUCUCCUAUUGUUUUGCUGAGGCAUUAUCCUUCAUUUUUUCCAUUAUUCAUCCAUUAUCGGCUACAUGGGAACCCAUGGCCAGCUAAUGCUUGUUCGUCACCUAUGAAUGAUGGUUCAGGUGUUGUUCAAUCACUUAUUAAUAAACAAGCACCAGCUUCAGGUCUAGAUGCUCUUUGUACAAAUGGAUCUGUUAUUGAACUUAAUAACGUGACUGUUGUCUUAAAUGAAACAAAUUGGGAAAUACAAAUUGUUGGUGCACAAUCAUCAUAG